AAGAAGCAGCACUCCCUUCCGUCAAUACAUAAUACAUAAACCUCAUCUCAACAUCAAUCAACCGCCAACCCACCAUCACCAAUUACCACAACCUCCACAAUGACAUCCAAAGCCUGCUGCACCAUCCCCCCGGUCGUCUCGGACACCGACAACUACCAGACGCAGGGCACGUACACGACGAUCUCGUCGCUGCGAACGUACGCCGUUGGCCCGACCACAUCGAAGACGGGCGUGCUCGUGAUCUACGACAUCUUCGGCAUGGACUUCCCGCAGACGCUUCAGGGGUGCGACAUCAUUGGGUCCUCUGGGCACCUCGUCGUGAUGCCCGACCUAUUCGACGGCGCGCCCAUGGACAUGGCGAACUUCCCGCCCGACACCCCUGAGAAGCAGCAGGCGCUGCAGACGUUCUUUGCGGGCCUUGCCAACCCCGGCCCCAUGGUGCAGAAAAUCCGCGCGGAGGUCCUGCCCGCCGUUAAGCAGACCUACCCCGCCGUCGAUAGGUGGGCCGUCAUUGGCUACUGCUGGGGCGGCAAGAUUGUUACGCUGCUGAGUGCCGGCGAGGGGUUCGCCGCGAGUGCCCAGUUGCAUCCCGCUAUGUUGGAUCCCGCCGACGCUGCGAAGAUCACCAUUCCCCACUUUUGCUUGUCGACGAAGGAUGAAGAUGCGGCGGCGACGGAGGGGUUCAGGACCGUGCUGGAGGCCGUCAAGGGCGUCGUCGGCGAGAAGAGUCUGGUGCUCAGGUGGGAGGGAACAUUCCACGGGUUCAUGGCUGCAAGGGCGAACUUGAAGGAUAAGGAGAAUUUGGAGUACUAUGAGAAGGGGUACAAGAAGCUGGUGCACUUCCUGAAGGAGACUUUGUAAGUGCUUGGUAGCUUGGGGAUGCCGGUAUGGGAGGAGGACUGAUGAAUGCAGGGCCGCCAAUGGGGCGGCCAAUGGGGCGGCGAAGUUGUAGUUUACUACGUCGAAUCAAUGAACAACUGGUGGAUUUUUUACUCCUGUACAUCAGAAUAUCCAGUAGAUGUUGCUUUAGAAAGUAUGAGAAGACCGUUACCCCGAUCAUGACGGACUUCCUCCAUCCCCCAAGACAUCGUUCGCUCGGCGGGGGUAACCCGGCUAUGUACUCCAAAAAAUAUUACGG